GAAUCGCCUAUUUUGACCCAGUACGGCCACCAUCACAUACCCAGCUUCUCCCCCUAUCUUGUAGUUGCGUCGCAAACACGUUGGAAGUGAGUAAGAUGGCGGAUCUUUCUUUGGACGAGCUCAUACGCCAACGCGGCAUAAGCACUAGAGGAACAGCCAGACCCAUAUUUAGAAAGGCCACAGGAGGCGUGGGAAGAAUGUUUGAUGCAAGACAGAAAAUUGGAGCAACUGAGAUCAGGCAGAGAACUGGUGCCGGGGAAGGCUUUCAGCUGAAAGAUGCUAGGGAGAAGCUUGUUCAGAAAGAUGCCCGUUUUAGGAUUUUUAGAGGAGGGCCCACCGCGGGAGGUGUUCAGGACGCCAGGCAGACGAUAAACUCACGCAAACAGCAGCUGGGACAGAAGCAGCUGCGCAGCACGCCGCAGUCACAAGCCCAAAACUCCUCACAGGGAUUCCUGCAGACGCAAAUGCCUCAGACACAAACUGUCAGCCAAAGCAGUAACGUGGUCGUGCAGAGCUCUGUGAAUGUGAACUCAGCUCAGGGAUUAACCACCAGAGGAGGGGCUCUGGGACACGGAGGCGGGCCAAGUAAAUUGAUGGAUGCCCGUGAUAGGCUUAGUCUAAAGAGAAGCAUUGCAGUGGCCUUACCCACUCCUGGGUCACCGUCGCCCCUCAAGAUCACCAAGACCAUCCAGCAGAGGCCGGUUGGAAUGACGAGUGGAGUCCGCAUCACCGUUCCCAGCAGGGAUACCCAGUCUCUCUCAGGUGAGGAUGAUGUCAUCCCCGGUAAACAGAUGAAGCCUGGAGUUCCUGGUUCUCUCUUUUCUGGCCCUAUCACCAAAGUUGUCAAAAACGACAGCUAUACUGCACCCCGUCCUCCUGUGCCUGAAGCCCCCUCCAGGCCCACCCCUGCUCUUCCAGCAACCCGUUUCGCGCCCUCUGUCCUGAAGGCAGUCUCUCGAACCCUGGCCACCGGACAGGCACAGCCGGGAGGGGGUAGUGGGGAUGCCAGCUCACAUCCGGCGACUGUACAGCCAGCUUGCAGUCCCCUGGAAGGGACUAAAAUGACGGUGAACAACCUUCAUCCACGCGUCACUGAGGAGGACAUUGUGGAGUUGUUCUGCGUGUGUGGCGCCCUGAAACGGGCACGGCUUGUCAAGGCUGGGGUCGCGGAGGUGGUGUUUGUCAGGAAGGAGGACGCUGUCGCAGCGUACAGGAAGUACAAUAACCGCUGCUUGGAUGGUCAGCCAAUGAAGUGUAAUCUUCACAUUCAGGGAAGCGUCAUCAGCUCAGACCAGCCAAUCCUGCUGAGGUUGAGUGACAGUCCAGGAGGAGGAGGAGGAGGGGCUGGGGGAAGAAAGGAGGGACGGGCGUCCUCUCUCUCUCGCCCCGACGCCCGUCCCAGGUCCUCUAAGCCCACGCCUGAGGUUGACCCCCAGACCAUAUUAAAGGCCCUUUUUAAGUCUUCCUCUCACACUGCCACUUCCACCCAGUCCGCUAAAUCGCAGUCAGCCGCCUUUAGCAUCAAGAUUUAACACACACUGCCGUUAACACUAAACGCACACGCACGCAUCGGUACUCAGUGACACAGCCUAUACCAAAGCACACAUUGCUCAAGAGUCAUUUAUUAUAUGAUUAUCCAAAUGUGGUGCUGUAAUACACAUGGUCCUGUAAAAGAGUGAUUGUGAAGAAAGUUUUAUUUCAUUUUAAUAAUUUUUGGAACCUUUUAGUUUGUGUCUUGGUAUGGACAAAGGAUUUGUUACAAGUAAUUGGAACUUUUCAGAAUAGUGUUCUAGUUUAUUCGCAGACAUGUUCAGAGACAUGUUUGCAGCCAAGUGGCCUGAAGCCUACAGCUCAUGUUUGCAUCUCUUCAAAUUUUUCACAUUGAAUGCUGUUGAGUUUUGAACUGUGACUGUUCAUGAAUGAAUUUCACGUUUGAAACAAUACAUGUGCAGACAAGACUGGCUUAACAGUCCAAAUGAAGCCAUCCUUCCAUUCUGUCCCUCUACUUUUUUUGUUCAAAGUUUAUCUCCUUUUCUUUUUUCUUCUUCAAAUGGCAUUCGUUUUGUUUUAUAGUAACAAAGCCCUUUAUUUGCAACUCAGCUCACAAUGGUCUUUCCUUCAGUGUGCUAACAGGCAAAAAGGUCCACUAACAUGCCACAGAACGUUUAGACCAGACCAGCGAGAACCACCGAAAUGAAUGUAUGUGAAGUUACGCUUUUGUUUUGUAACUUUGCUGCCCUGAAACACUAUUUCUGUGUAUUUCUGACCUUGUUCCCAGUUACUGUGUUAGGGGCUGCAUGUUUUUGGGGAUUGUUCAGGUGACUACUUUAACUUAACCUUGCGAUGUUGCUAUAUUUUAAUUAGUUUAAUACCCCUUUAUUCUGAGGUGUAAAGUGAGGUGCAGCUCGUUUUUGUCUACACAUUGCUCGGGUGAUUUGUUUUGGUUAAUUGAAUGGGCCUCUGAAUGAGUGUGAAGAAAUUCUCCAAUAAACGUUACUUUAUAGAAAACUUA